AUGCAGCUCAAGAACUCGAUUCUCUUGCUGACAGCUGUGUCGGCCGGCUCCGCCGUCGCCCGUCUGCACGGCCACGAGCGCCGUCAUGCUCACCCGGUCGAGAAGCGUGCUGUCGGCGACAUCGUCCGUGUCGAGAUGGGUGGCAAGAUGGUCUCAUGGAUCAACGAAUGGUCCGGAGCUCCUGCCACUGGUGCCCCCGCUGAGCCCGCUCCCACCCCUUCUGAGUCCGAGACCGGUUCUACGCAAGUCAUCUCCGUCGGCACCGUCCCAACUGACGGCAGCCAGUCGACCACCCCCAAGGAUGGAAGCUGCAAGAACUGGUACGACAGCGCCUCUCAGUUCACCGACGAGGGCUUCGGUAAAAGCACCAUAGACAACAACAAGGAGUACGUUGCAUAUGCUGGCAAUGUCGGUAGCCCUUGGGGCAGCAACAUCCAGGAGGUUUCCGAGUCCAACGCCUGCAACUACCGCUACGUCGUCGCCAUUAACGGCAAUGAGAAGGACCCCUGGACCUUGGUCUUCUGGAAUAAGAUUGGCCCCGAUGGUGGCAUUAACGGCUGGUACAGCGGUAACUCUGCUCUUACUCUUACCAUCAAACCCGGUGAGACCAAGUACGUGGCCUUCGCCGGUGACUCCCAGGGUAGCUGGGGUGCCGCCAAGGGUAACAAGCUUCCCACCGAUCAGUUUGGCGGCUAUGCCUGCACCUGGGGUGAAUUCGACUUCGGCAACAGCAAAAACAGCCGUAACCUCCGCGACGGCGAGACCUGGUCUGGCUGGGACGUUUCCGCCAUUCAGGCUAUGAACGCCAAGCUUGAUGUCCAGGGAAUGAAGAUCUGCCAGCACGGCGACCGUGGCUGCUCCAGCAUUAGCAACCAGGCCAAGAAUGUGGUCAACGCCUAUACUAAUGCCGAGGCGGGUAUGGAUGAGAUUGGUGGCACCUACAAGGGCAAGGAGGGACUGCGUCUGCAGGUCCAAAUUGACUAUGAGUAA